AUGAACCGCCUCUUCGGCAGCAGCGGCCCCAAGCCGCCCAAAGCCACCCUCAACUCCGCCAUCUCCAACAUCGACACACGCAUCUCCUCCAUCGACGUCAAGCUCGCCUCCAUCAACGCCGAACUCCAAGGCUACCAAGCCAAGCUCUCCAAAAUGCGCGAAGGCCCCGGCAAAUCCGCCCUCAAAAACAAAGCCCGCAAAGUCCUCGAGCGACGCAAGCAGUACGAAGCGCAGCGGGACCAGCUGCAGUCGCAGGUGUGGAACAUGGAGCAGGCGCAGACGAUGCAGGAUAAUUUGAAGAAUACGAUGGUGACGAUUGAUGCGUUGAAGAGUACGAAUAAGGCGUUGAAGAAGGAGUAUGGGAAGGUGGAUAUUGAUAAGAUUGAGCGGUUGCAGGAUGAGAUGGCGGAUUUGUUGGAUGUGGGGAAUGAUAUACAGGAGAGUCUGGCAAGGAGUUAUGAUAUACCCGAGGAGGUGGAUGAGGCGGAGCUGGAUGCGGAGUUGGAGGCGUUGGGGGAGGAGGUUGAGUUGGAGAGGGAGUUGGGUGGGGGGUUAGAAGGGGCGGUACCGAGUUUUAUGCAGGAUGAGGUGCCAGACUUUAUUGAUGAGGCGCCCGUGCAGGGUGGGAAGGUAAAGGAGGCUGUUGGUUAA